CAUCAGUUCCCAUCGUGGAAGUAUCGGGAAGGAUGUCGCCGACCAUCCCCACACGCUCGGAAGCCUGGAGAAAAGAGCCCCUGUGCCACGCACCCCCGGACACAAGUCUACACCACAGCACCGCCUGCCUCCGCCUAAAAGCCCGGCUGCACCCGCGGGGAAAGGCAGGGCGCCCAGCCUGCAAAGGCCCCAAAGCGCUCUCCUUGCAAGUAAAAGGGAUGUGUCCCAAGAAAACACGCUCCUUCCCGAGGGCACAACUGCGGUUGUGAACAACGGCUCCACAGAAGCUGACCCCUUCAAAGUGGAGAACAGUCAGGUGACCGUGGCUGUCCGAGUGAGGCCCCUCAGCAAAAGAGAGCAGAUGGAGAAGGCAAUCCAGGUCGUUUUCAUGAACGGAGAAGAAAUCACCGUGGAGCAUCCCGACACGAGACAAGUGUAUACGUUUUCCUACGAUGUUUCCUUCUGGUCCUUUGAUGAACGCCACCCUCGCUACGCCAGCCAGACAGCCGUGUAUGAGAGGCUAGCAGCGCCUCUCCUGGAGGGAGCCUUCGAAGGCUUCAACACCUGUCUCUUCGCGUAUGGUCAGACCGGCUCUGGAAAAUCCUAUACGAUGAUGGGAUUUAGCGAAGAACUAGGAAUAAUUCCAAGAUUUUGUGAAGAUCUUUUUGCCCAAGUUGCCAAAAAGCAAACUCAAGAGGUCAGCUACCACCUUGAAAUGAGCUUCUUUGAAGUCUAUAAUGAAAAAAUUCAUGACCUUCUGGUUUGUAAAGGUGAACAUGGUCAGAGAAAGCAACCACUGAGAGUGAGGGAGCAUCCCAUGUCCGGACCCUAUGUUGAGGGAUUGUCCAUGAACGUUGUCAAUUCUUACUCUGAUAUCCAGAGCUGGCUGGAACUGGGGAACAAGCAAAGAGCCACUGCGGCGACCGGCAUGAAUGACAAAAGUUCCCGCUCCCACUCUGUGCUGGCCCUGGUGAUGACCCAGACCAAGACGGAAUUUGUGGAGGGGGAAGAACAUGAUCACAGGAUAACAAGCCGCAUAAACCUCAUAGAUCUGGCCGGCAGCGAGCGCUGCUCCACAGCCCAGACCAGCGGGGACCGGCUCAAGGAGGGCGUGAGCAUUAACAAGUCCUUGCUAACUUUGGGAAAGGUUAUAUCUGCACUCUCAGAACAAGCAAACCGAAGGAGAGUUUUUGUUCCCUAUCGCGAGUCUGUUCUUACGUGGCUCCUUAAAGAAAGUCUGGGUGGAAAUUCCAAAACUGCUAUGAUUGCUACGGUCAGCCCCGCAUCCAGCAACCUGGAAGAAACCUUAAGCACGCUCAGAUAUGCUAGCCAGGCACGCUUGAUCGUCAACGUUGCCAAAGUCAAUGAAGACGUGAACGCCAAGCUAAUCAGAGAAUUGAAAGCAGAAAUUGAAAAGCUAAAAGCUGCCCAAAGAAACAAUCGGAAUAUUGACCCUGAACGAUACCGGCUCUGUCAGCAAGAAAUAACAUCUCUGAGGCUGAAACUGCACCAGCAGGAGAGAGACAUGGCAGAGAUGCAGAGGAUAUGGAAAGAAAAGUUUGAACAGGCUGAGAAAAGAAAACUUCAAGAAACAAAAGAGUUACAGAAAGCCGGAAUUACAUUUCAGAUGGACAACCAUUUUCCAAACCUUGUCCAUCUCAGCGAAGACCCGCAGCUGUCCGAGAUGCUGCUGUAUGUGAUCAAAGAAGGAACAACUACAGUGGGGAAGUGCAGACCGCAUGCAAAGCAUGACAUUCAGCUGUCCGGGGUCUUGAUUGCUGACGACCAUUGUAUGAUCAAAAAUCUGGAAGGGACAGUGAGCAUUAUCCCGGUUGGGGAAGCAAAGACCUACGUAAAUGGAAGACACAUCUUGGAGUCCACAGUGCUGCGUCACGGUGAUCGAGUGAUUCUUGGUGGCGAUCAUUAUUUCAGAUUUAAUCACCCAGUCGAAGUCCAGGAAGGGAGAAAGCCCUCCAGUAGAGAUACUCUUGCAAGUGAGGCUCCAAAAGACUUUGAAUUUGCCAAGAAUGAGUUACUGGUGGCACAGAGAUCUCAACUCGAGGCAGAGGUGAAAGAAGCGCAGCUGAAGGCAAAGGAGGAGAUGAUGCAAGGCAUCCAGAUCGCCAAGGAGAUGGCUCAGCACGAGCUCGCCUCUCAGAGAGCCGCGUACGAGAGCAAGAUCCAAGCCCUGGAAGCAGAACUGAGGGAAGAGUCUCAAAGGAAGAAAAUGCAGGAGAUAAAUAACCAAAAGGCGAAUCACAAAAUCGAGGAAUUAGAAAAGACGAAGCAGCAUCUUGAACAGAAAAUAUAUGUCAACAAAAAACGACUAGAAAUGGAGACUCUGGCUACAAAGCAGGCCUUAGCAGACCACAGUGUCCGCCACGCAAAAAUCCUGGAGGCUUUAGAAGCUGAAAAGCAAAAAAUUGCUAAAGAACUACAAAUUUUGCAGCAGAAUCGGACUAAUAGGGAUAAACUGUUGACAGUUCAGCCCAGCUGGAGCUCCAUGAAACUCUCGGUGAUGAUCCAGGAAGCCAACACCAUCAGCAGCAAACUGAAAAAACGUUACGCUUUUGGCAGAGACCAUGCAUCUGAUAAGGGGCGUUCGGAUACUUCUAUCCGGGUCCGAGACUUGCGGCUCGGGAUCUCAACUGUAUGGAGUGUGGAAAAGUUUGAAUCUAAACUUGCAACCAUGAAAGAACUCUAUGAGAGUAAUGGUAUUAACAAGGGUGACGAUGUAUUUUGUGAUCCCGAAGAUGAGUGGGAACCUGACAUUACAAACACGCCCGUGUCUUCACUUUCUCGAAGGAGGAGCAGAUGUUUGCUGAAGAACAGGAGGAUUUCUGGUUGUCUGCAGGACUUACAAGUCCCCCUGCCUCCGAAUCUGCACCCUUCCCGGUCAUCAGGUUUAAUGGAGAGAUCAAGCAGCCUUUGCUCAAAUUCAGCAGAACCAUUUCUUCCUGGAAUUUGCAAAGAACUGAUUGGCUCGUCGAUCGACUUCCUUGGGCAGAAUUACGAUGAAGAAAAAACGAUAGCAGAUAGCCUGAUGAGUAAUCUAAUGAAAAUCUACACUGCGCUGCUGGCCGUUUCUAAAGCCCAUGAAGAGCAGGACGAGGAGAGUCAGGAGAGCUUGUUCUCUUUGGAUCGAACGACGCAGUCCUUGACUAUACAGAUCACUUGUGCUUUCGAUCAGCUUGUGGUCUUGCUCAAACACUGGUGGAAUGAGUGUCUGCCUUGUACCAGCAUAGCAAGGCUCGAAGAUGAACUGAGACAAGAAAUUAAAACACUUGGGGGCUACCUACAGUUGUUUUUGCAGGGAUGCUGUUCAGAUAUUUCAUCCAUGGUGAAAGAGGCCAGGAAGAAAGGGAAGCAGGUUAUUCAGCAAGCUGUGAAGUAUGUGGGGCAGUUAGCCAUUCUGAAAGGGAGCAAGCUGUAUUUCCUGGACCACAGGAACAGUCAGACUUCCGGCAGCGUCCAGGGAGAAUUCAUGGAUGCUGUCUGCGAUGGUGUGGGCUCAGGAAUGAAGAUUCUGUUAGACUCUGGGCUGGAAAAAGCAGAAGAACUUGAACAAGACCUCUCGAGGCAGUGGGCACAGCACGAGGUCACCAAGCAGAUGAAAGCUAGUGCCAUGGGACUGAUCAGAUCUCUUGAAGAUACCUUCUCUGAAUGGAAAAUAAAAAGCUUCGGAGCUCCAGAACAAGAAGAUUAUAGAUUCCGGAACUGCAAGAAGAUGGUUCAUCUUGCCCCAGAAUUAUUGAAGUUAACACACUGCUUAGAGAGGACCGUUCGAAUGGUGAUUUCUGCGCUGAGAGGCGGCCCCGCCGACGCCGACCCCCGGAGGAGCUGCGUGGAGGAUCUCUGCCGCCUGGCCGGCCGCGUGCGCCGCGCGGCGGCGGGGGAGCCCUGCGCCCCGGAGCCCCCGGGCGAGGCCGGCCUGGGCCAGCUCGACGCCCUCGCCGCCUCGCUGCUCCUGUGCUUCGAGGCCGAGGAGGGACCCGAGGUGCUGGAAGCCCGCGAAUGUGCCGGAAGCCCGAGCCGCGGGGAGGCCGCCGCCACGCCGGGCAGGCCGGGCUGCAGCCGGGGCGUGCCCAAGCGCGUCCUCUCCCUGCGGGGCGCCCAGCCCGGGCCGGCCGGGGGCGGCCAGUGGGUGUGA